UGCAGCUUUCAUUAAGAUGGUACGCGAGUGUUCUAGUGCUGCUGGCUUCCGUUAGCUUGCGUGUUUAAAAAGUGUAUUUUGUGAAAUUUACUAUAGUGUAGUGAUUUUAGUGUUUGGAUUGAAAUAAUUCGGUACCACAACUUGAAAUGAACAAUCGAACGAUCUUGCCACGUAGUUUUGAAUUAAAGUGAAUUUAAGUUAGUUAAGUGAAUUUUAAGUUAGGUUAAAAUGUAAACUAGCGUGUAUCGCCAUGUUUCGUGUUCUUCUGUGUGUGGUCCUGAUGCUGCGGAGAAGUGCGGGACAGGAUGUGAUCAUUGAGGAGUCAUCAUCGUUCGAGUCAGUACACGCGGCGAUGGGUCGCGCGGCCGAGCUCCCCUGUGACGUCACACCAGCCCUCCCACAUGACAGCGUCGCCCUGAUCAUCUGGUACAAGCAGGGCCACCAGACUCCAGUCUAUACAAUGGACACUCGUGAUGGCGUUGACACUCAUUGGUCUGAUCCAUCCACUCUUGGAGCCAGGGCGUCGUUUCGGACCAGUACCAUGCCAGCGCUACUCGUUCUUACUAAGAUUAGGCCUGAAGAUAGCGGUCAGUACAGAUGCAGAGUAGACUUCAUUAAAUCUCCAACGAAGAACACAAGGCUAAACUUGACUGUGCUCAUACCUCCAGAGAGACUGGUUAUCUUGGAUCAAGAUGGUGAAGAAGUACACGGUGGGGUGUUGGGGCCGUUUGAUGAAGGGACGAAAAUAAAUCUCACAUGUGUGGCUAUAGGAGGUCGACCAACGGCUCGGGUUUCCUGGUGGCAGUCCCACGCUCUCCUGGCGAACUCCGAAGCGAGGGCGUCCACUACUGUCACGCUGCAACGUGACAUGUAUCCCGCCACGCUGACAUGUCAAGCUGUAACGGAUCCGUCGUUAGCGCCUCUCUCAGAAAACAUCACAGUCGACAUGAAUUUGUAUCCUCUCUGGGUGAGGAUCAUCGGUGGUGCAAGACCUCUUGUAGCCGGGCGAGCCACUGAGCUGGUCUGUCAAGCAGUUGGUGCUAGACCCCAUCCCACUAUAUCAUGGUGGAAAGGAGCUACUCGGUUACACACAGUUAGAGAUAAGGUUUCCCCCGACGGCAAUAUUACCAGCAGUAUUCUGACCCUGAUGCCUUCGGUAGAAGACUCAGGUCGGGUCAUAUCCUGCAGAUCAGUGCAGCAAAACUUGAAGCAUUCUGUCAAGGAAGACGGCUGGCAAAUGGAGGUGCAACAUGUACCAAUACCGAAGCUGAAAUUGGGGGCGAAUUUAGACCCAAACAGUAUCAUGGAGGGAUCCGAUGUGUACUUAGACUGCAGUGUUCGAGCAAACCCGCCCCAUCAACAUGUUUAUUUCACUUUUAAUGGUGUCAUGGUAAAAGGCAGCGGCGGUGUAUUGGUGUCCCGUCAAAGUUUGGUGUUGCAACACGUGAGUCGGGAGAGAGGCGGAGAUUACGUUUGUGUUGGUAGAAACGCGCUGGGUGACGGCAGCAGUGAACCCCUACAUCUGGAUGUCAAGUAUAAACCGGUGUGCUCUCGUCGCGAAGGUGUUGCCAUCCGCGCGGCCCGAGGGGAAACUGUCCAUAUUCAGUGUGAUGUCGACGCAAACCCCAUGCCUCAAUCAUACCGUUGGUGGUUUAACAGUUCUACAUACACGGAGAGAGAGUUGACUAGUAAUACUGAAAAUUCAUAUAGAUACAAAGUGAACAGCUCGUCGGAGUACGGCUGGGUCCAAUGCACGGGUGCUAACUCCGUCGGACGUCAGAGUGAACCCUGCCUCUUCCAUAUCCUGCCUGCUGAUAGACCAUCGGCGCUGCAGCACUGUGACGUCAGCAACGUGACGCAUGACUGCUUCAUGGUAGACUGCGUGCCAGGCUACGAUGGUGGACUACAGCAGGAGUUUAUACUGCAAGUGUAUACAAUGGAUGGCGCCCUGAUUUCGAACCGGAGUGGCUUCACAUCGCAGUGGCGCGUGUGUAACAUGACCGCGCAAGUUCGCGCGCAUGUGCUCGCGCGGAACAGAGUGGGGACGAGCGACGCUGUCACCCUCACUGUGACACUGCUCAGUCAUUCCCUGAGACACACAGGUACGUCAUCAGUGAACGUACAACUGUCAGCUGUGUUGGUGUCGGUAUUGUGCGCGGCCUGCGUACUCGUGUGUAUCGCAACACUGGCUACGAUGGUCCUUUGCUACCGACACUGUACGCCCAAACGAGUCGAAAAACCAGAUAAACCGAAAGCCAGAGAAGAAUCAAAAGAUCUACUAGAAGAUAAAGAGGCAAAGGACGAGAAGCAUUCAGACACAAACCCAGACAUAAUUCCCGUGGAGAACAAACUGAGCGCUAGCAUAUCUAGUACCUGCAGUGUCACAGAUCAUUCACAGCCACUUCUGACUCAUACACAGUUGUGCUGUGGCAACGCCCAGGAGCAGUACUUAGUGCGGCCUCUGCAGUACUACCAACAUUACACGUCAAACGUGCCCAAUUUGGAAUUAGAUUUGAAUUAUUUGUCUACGGAAUACAGACUGCCACAUGACAAGGUUUAUGAAGACUGGCUGAGAUAUAAGAACGCCCUGCCCAUGGAUACAAGUGACUUGCUCCCACCUCAUCAACUGACGCCCCAGCCGAACACAUUAUACAGUAGUAUCAAACGCAAUCCGUUGAAGCUUGUCAAAAUGGCGGACAUAUCGGGCGGGCCGUACACCACGCCACUACACCUGAACACAGAGGAGAAGACUGCGCGAUUUCACAACGUUACUGAUGCGCCACGCAACUACUGUGAAGAUCAAGCUGUACAAACCCAAUCAGACGCCGCUACCAAUACUCAAUUACACACGCAGCGAUGACAGAAAAAAUAUGUAUGUCAAGUUUAAUUGUAAAUAUUUAGAGAUUUUAUUCAUGAAAAAUUUAAUUGUGUUAACGUAAAGCGCAGUUUCAAAGAGACUUGCUAAUGCCCGCAUAUGUAUGGUGCUGAUUUGCGCCGUGUUAAUGUAAAUAAAUGUUCAUUUAAUCAAGGACUUAGGCUGGAUACAUACGAAGCGUUUUUAUUGCGGCCCAGUAAUUUAUAUAACAGUUUUCUAAUAACUAAGCGAUUUAAAAAGUUGUAUUGGUUUUCAUUAUUUGACGCAAUUGUAAAAAUUUAAGAUAUGUUUUUCUUUUUUUAAAUAUACAUUUCAAAAAGUGUUCGCCUCAGAAUGGCUGAUUUGUUUCACUGUUUAAAUUACAUUUAGAAUAUUUUUUUUAUUGGCAAAGAGGUUGAAGUCCAUGUAAGAUAUAGAGCGGCAACUUGAACCUAAAGGUGUUUUCAAAUUGGUGAAAAAAUAUUUUAGUGACUUGUCUGACAUUCAACUGAGAGCUAAUUGAUUUAUUGCUAAUUUUGUCAGUUUACAGUCCUGUAAAUAAGCUCAACUCAGCCGUUCGAUAGCUGAAAUACGUUCUAUUUGUUUAAAUACGUGUUAUUUUAAUUUCGUAAGUGUCACUAACGUUUCGGAUGAAAAUUAUUGUAUCAAAACUUUGCUAAUCACUGCUUAAGUCUCUUUUUUAUUAUUAUUCGUGACUACAGAGUCAUAAGCAUCUUGAUUAGAUUAUUAAAACAUUUAUACGUCUAGAUAGACUAUGACAACUGUGAUUUACCUCUAUCUUGAGCAAUGCACGCACACUAACACCAAGCGUCAUACAAAUCGCGAGUGUAAGACGUAGCUUGUCACACACACUAAACUAAUAUUCCCGGACUGUUUUUAUCGGUUGUCUAGCAGCAAGAUACUCUAUCUACACGUAUAAAUUAUCUAACACGUCGGCUUUACCCACGGUUCAUCAGUGUUGGUAACGACUAGUUUCGGACCAUUCGGGUGACCUUCACCAGGGUGAAUUUAGUGAGUUCGCGGUAAUGUCCCGUCUAACAACUGGGACUAAUAAAUUUUAGUUAUUUUGUCUUGUCUUAUAAGGGGUAUUAAAACACGGUGUGGGUUUAUUUGAUAAUAGUAUCACAUAAGUGUUUUAAUACCUAAGUAUCAACAGUUGCAUACAAGACUUUAUCUACACCCAUAAUAUGAAUCCUAUAUAAAAUAUUCUGAAACAGUUAGCUUACUGCUAACAUUAAAAAAGCCAGUCCUAGUAACCAUAAUAUCAUCCAAUUAAUAUCAUUAUGUAAACGGGUGAUUUAAUAUUGUACUGAAUUUCAUUACAACACUCGUUUGGAUGAUGUUAUGGUUAUUAGAUCUGUUUUAGAAUCUUUAAUAGAUGAUUUAAAGUAUGGGUGUAGAUUAAAAUAAUUAAAACAUCUUGUUUACUUAUUAUGAUAAAACCUCCAUGUCUAAUGUACUUAGUCUGUGUUUAUCUAAUACACAUCUGCACAAUUGUAUUUUUAAAAGCAUUAUUAUAACUUUGUUUUGUAUUUCGGGAGAUAUAUUAUUGGUAUUCUUGUAUAUUUUUUGUCAUACAAUUUAGUUUUUAAGUAAAACAUAAAACGCAUUAUUUUAUCUAAGACCUUUGCAGCAACACUUGCAAUAACUAUUUCAAAUUAUCAAAACAAAUCUCAAGUUUGCUGAAAUUAGUUCGAGCACUAAUAGAUUUUUCAUUCCAAUAAUUUCGCACAUAAAAUUUAUAAGCAUUUGAUUUAGCGUUUUUCGCGUUCAGUGUGUAUAUUUCCUUCCGCUCGAACUAAUUUUCCGACAUUGUUUAGCUAAAUUGAACUCUAUUUUAUUUAGCUCGAAAUGUUAUUUUUCUUUUUUGAUGUCGAAGCUGGAUUUCUAUCGCUGCUGUAAUUAAUUAUUGUUACCCUGAUAAGCGACGCAAGAAACUCAAAUGAUGCAUGCACAACUACUCCUUACAAAAUAUAUAUUAUUUUAAGUUUUUUUUUUUUGCACAUGAUGCCGUCUUUGCACAGGAUGCCGGCUAGAUUAUAGGUACCACAACGGCGCCUUUUUCUACCGUCAAGCAGUAUUGUGUAAGCAUUAUUGUAUUUCGUUCUGAAGGGCGUCGUACCUAGUGAAUUUACUUGGCAAAUGAGUCUUAACAUGUUAUGUCUCAAGUUGACGAACGCAAUUGUAGUGCCGCUCUGAACUUUUGAGUUUUUCAAGAAUCCUGAGCGGCAACUUCAGCUGAUCGUCCGGCUCGUUCGUCCCUUAUUAUAAUAACAAAUAUAUUACGAAGACACUUGAGGGCAAGUGACUACGAAAGUCUUUGCUCUGUAUCUUCAAGAACGAACACAUACUUAUUCUUUUCAUUAUUAUUAAAAUAUUAUACAAUACCAAUAUAGCUCAGAAAAAUACCGGAAGAUGUUUUUUUUUUGUGUAUUUAGAUAUAUGAAAAGAUAAUGAUUUAUAAAUUUUAACAUCGGUGUAAAAUUUUACGAAAAUUAUUUGUCGGUGUGAGUUGAUAUAAAUAAAUUAAAAUGUAAUAAAACGCUUGAUAAUAGCUACGACUACGUAUACCUCGUACCAUGAUAUUCAAUCGCGAGGCGAUAAGCGGAAAUAAUCAUUCAAACAGCAAUGAGGAAGCGACUGUCGCUAUUCUCAGACGUAUCAUAAUACUUAUCAACUCUCAGCGAACAGGCUCCUGUUAUAUUUAAAUUAUACUUCUAGAAUAUGCAUUCAAAUGUUGUGAGCCUUCUUAAGUGUAAAUUUCGUCUUUAAUCUAUUCGACACGGUUUCGCCUUAAUGACUUAAAUGAAUAAGCCGGUAACCGCUCUUUUAUGCCCUCGUCCCAUGAUUUGGCGCUCUGUGAUUGGUCGGCUGAUCCCCCGUAAGAGAUACGUAACAAUGGCGAAGAGACAAUGUAAACGUCUUAUUUUUGUAUUAUAUUGUUUCUAUGGCUCACAACAUUUGAAUAAUUAUGGAUUAUCGCAAAAUAACGCCUAAUUCAAUAAAUUUACUUGUAGAAAUGUAAUAAAUGCCAAUCAUAAAAUUUUUCAUGAAUAAUUAAGUAAUUGUUAUAGAUACUAUUAAAAUGCGAAUUGAAUCAGAAUAAUUUAUUGUAAAAUAAUUUUAACGAAGACUGUAUAUUGUUAUUUUAAAGUAUAGAUUGUUUUAGAAUGUAAUCUUAAUUAAAUGUGGAAUUAAAUUA